UCCGCAGCGAAGUGAGGUGAACACAGAGAGGAGGGAGGAAGCAUUGGGUGAACACUCAAUUCAGCACUCAGCAGCAUCAUGGCACCUAUCGGAUUAAAGGCGGUGGUCGGCGAAAAGAUUAUGAAUGAUGUCAUCAAGAAGGUGAAGAAGAAGGGAGAAUGGAAGGCGCUGAUCGUGGACCAGCUGAGCAUGAGGAUGUUGUCCUCCUGCUGCAAGAUGACAGACAUCAUGACAGAGGGCAUCACCAUUGUGGAGGACAUCAUGAAGCGAAGAGAGCCUCUGCCCAGCCUGGAGGCCAUUUACCUGAUUACACCCACAGAGAAGUCUGUCCACACCCUCAUCGCAGACUUCAAAGACCCUCAUUCAGCUAAGUACAAGGCAGCCCAUGUUUUCUUCACUGACUCCUGCCCUGAUCCUCUCUUCAACGAGCUGGUGAAAAGCCGCGCUUCCAAAACCAUCAAGACUCUGACGGAGAUCAACAUUGCCUUCUUGCCCUACGAGUCUCAGGUGUACUCCCUGGACAAUCCAGAUGCCUUCCACAGUUUCUACAGCCCCCAUAAGACCCAGCUGAAGAACCCCGUGAUGGAGAGGCUGGCUGAGCAGCUGGCUACGCUUUGUGCCACCCUGAAGGAGUACCCUGCCGUCAGAUACCGAGGCGAGUACAAGGACAACGCCACCCUGGCCCAGCUGGUUCAGGACAAACUGGACGCCUACAAGGCUGAUGACCCCACUAUGGGAGAGGGUCCAGAUAAGGCUCGCUCACAGCUGAUCAUCCUGGACAGGGCGUUUGACCCCGUCUCUCCUGUCCUUCAUGAGCUCACCUUCCAGGCCAUGGGCUACGACCUGCUGCCCAUCGAAAACGACGUCUACAAGUAUGAGACAAGUGGCAUCGGAGACUCUCGUGAGAAGGAAGUUCUGCUGCAUGAAGACGAUGACCUGUGGGUGAGCCUGAGACACAAACACAUAGCUGAGGUGUCCCAGGAAGUGACCCGCCAGCUGAAGGACUUCUCUGCCAGCAAGAGGAUGAACACUGGAGAGAAGACCACAAUGAGGGAUCUGUCCCAGAUGCUAAAGAAGAUGCCUCAGUACCAGAAGGAGCUCAGCAAGUACUCCACUCACCUGCAGCUGGCUGAGGACUGCAUGAAGCAUUACCAGGGAACAGUGGACAAGCUGUGCCGUGUGGAGCAGGAUCUGGCUAUGGGCACAGACGCUGAGGGAGAGAAGAUCAAAGACCCCAUGAGGGCUAUUGUGCCCAUCCUGCUGGACGCCAACGUCAGCACGUAUGACAAGAUUCGCAUCAUCCUGCUCUACAUUUUCCUCAAGAAUGGCAUUACGGAGGAGAACCUGAACAAGCUGAUCCAACACGCUCAGAUCCCCCCUGAGGACAGUGAGAUCAUCACCAACAUGGCUCACCUGGGCGUCCCCAUCGUCACAGAUUCCACCCUCCGCCGAGGAAAGAAGCUGGACAGGAAGGAGCGUGUGAGCGAGCAGACCUAUCAGCUGUCCCGUUGGACACCACUGGUCAAGGACAUCAUGGAGGAUGCUAUUGAUGAUAAGCUGGACACCAAGCACUACCCCUACAUCUCCACCCGCUCCUCUGCCUCCUUCAGCACUACUGCAGUCAGUGCUCGGUACGGCCACUGGCACAAGAAUAAGACACCUGGAGAGUACCGCACUGGGCCUCGCGUCAUGGUCUUCAUCAUUGGCGGCGUGUCCUUCAGUGAGAUGCGCUGCGCCUACGAGGUCACACAGGCCAAUGGGAAGUGGGAGGCCGUCAUUGGUUCCACCCACAUGCUCACCCCCACCAAAUUCUUAUCGGACCUGCAGCACCCCGACUUCCGAGAGUCCACUAGGGUGUCCUUUGAGGACGCAGAACCCACAGCCGAGUGAGGCAGAGACAGAUUGGGAGGGAGGGAGAGAGAAAUCACACUGAAAAAAGAUCGACCCACAUCUUCACCCCCACCAGCCUGCUGGAGCAGCUCAAGGCAAUGAACAAACCAGACGAGGAAGUCACAAGCUAAAAUCCUCCAAUCACAUCUCUCUCCUCUUUACCCUAACCCCGCCCACCCCCCUCCUACCCGUCUCACCUCUGUAUCCUUUACCCCCCAAACACCCUGCAUUAACUGUGUAUGCAUCUUGCUUGAGAAGAAAAAGACAUCUUAGAAGAUAAAAAAUAUAUGUUGUAUCAAAGAUUAAAACUGUUGCAAGUAUUCUCAUGUUUUACAAUGGAUGCAACUAAAUGAACUUAUUUAAAGAGGUUUAAAUAUCACAACAGAAGGCCAUUUAAAACUGAAAGUACCAAAAUGUAAUAUUGUAUGCUAUGAAACCUGUGCAAAAGGUAGACACUUUCUCUCGUUUGUUCCUUUGGGUUUCCUCCUUGGUGUGAGUUUUAUUGGAAGCGGGUUGAGGAGGGAUGUGCGGUUUGAGAGGUCGAUGUUGUAAAAUAUCUCAUAUCAGUCAACAUGCAAUAUAUAGAUAUAAAUAUAUUCAUCAGAGAGGAGCCCCACCCCCCAACCCCGCCCCGCCCAUCUGAGAUGUUCGUAUUCAGUAGCAUGCUUGGACUUGUGUGGACUGUUAAUGUGUUUGUAUCCAUUGUGGAUGUUCUGGGAGCCGCAGAGUUAGCACUUAGCUUUUUCCUAAGAUGUUGAGAUUGAAUACUGCGCAGAAAACUUUUGUUUUGAGUAUCGAAAACUGAACAGACACUCCUGUAAGGUUAUCCACGGUCCAUCUGUAAACUCAGCUACCAGUUUAUUGGGUAAAACCUUGGCCAUGUCAAUCUAAUUCCUUAUACUCAGUUGUGUCUUUAAGAUUUGGUCUACUAUGAUGAUAUAAAUGUGGUGGCUAGAAUGCGUCAGCUAACUUUACAAACAACGUCUUUUCAGCCAUGUUUUGAUGGAAAUAUGAUUGGACGGAGAAGUGGCCUGUGCUACAAGAAUGGUAGACAUGUAUACGAAUGCUUUUAUAGUUUUUCAUGGUGAGACCGUUGUAUAUUCGAGCUAACUUCAGCAGCCGUCCACUGCCGACGUUCCAUCUUGUGAAGCGACAUGAAGUUUGCCCCCGUUUAUUUUCUGUGAGACAUGAAGGAAUUGUUUCGCAAAAUGUUGUUAGAUUCCAGGCGAUGCGAAAAACUUCAUCUCUGUAAUGGUGCAGCUUCACAAAAUUUGCUGUCAUUGUUUAUGAGAAACAACUGAUUUGCUGUACAAAGCAUGCUGGGAUGCAGACCGAGCUGGGCAAGGAGGGUGAGCAUGAGUUUAUGUGACUCGGUCGUGUACAGUGGAGCUGCACCGUAAAGUUUGACUUCAUGGAAAUGGGGGUAAAAUUCGACUCCAUAGUGAUUUGAGGGAAAACCAACAUGGAAAUGUGGCGCAUUGGAUAAAUAUCCGUGGAGACAAUUGCUGUACUUUCUGGAAUCUCUCGUCUUCUUCCCUGGUGUCUGGGAUUACAGAUAGAAACAAAAUCCGAGUGCUGCUUGGCGCCAUCGCUGCCUGAUGUGUACCGGAAACCCAAUUUGUUCUACGCACGUGGGAAGAUGGUUGGGGUUAGGCUUUGACCUCGAAUGGUUAAGGUCAGGACGGCCAGUUGGUCAGUGGAUAGGACCUGAACAAAUCGGGUUGCUGAUAUGGAUUGGAUAGUGACAGCCACCUUUCCUUAUGAGCAAACUACUGACACUGACAUGUCCAUAGGAAUAGCAAGAUAUGGCCGAGGCAGUGUUGCCCAGUUUGUCCACUCAGUGUCUGAUACUCAAAACCAAAGUUUUCGUUAACAUAUUCAUUUAAAAAGUCUUGUUUAGGCAGACAGUCGAAAGAGAUGUAACUCUGUACAAAGCCAGAAUCAUCCCUCCUCCAGCUGCCGAGACUGUAAAGUAUUUACUUGCCACAACCUUUUUCCUUUUCUCCAGAGAAACUUCACCUUUUAAUGUCAAAGGCCGUUGCUUGCUGAUAUUUAAUGAAUAAUCUUAAAAAGGGCCAGUUGUAUUUCAGUAUUGUAUCCUGUCAGAUUAAGUCUUAUCAUUGGUUAGUAACGAUGUUUAAUUGGGCCAUGCACUGAGUAGUGUUGUGUAUGCCAUAUGUUGCUGUUUUAGUGUCUCACUGUUGACUGGUGAUAUUUCUGACUGUGAAGUAGUGAUAACUUUUCCUUUAAAAAAAAAAAAAAAAGGUCAAUGUGAAGCCGCCGUGUUUGUGAUGUUUUAGCUGUAGCUGUUAGUGGUCAACUCGGAAAAAGAACUAAUAUCUAUAUUUUUUGCGUCUGUUUCCUCCUCUGGUGCAAUGUAAAAACCCUCCAAUGGUGAAUGGCUUUGCAAAAGACAAAAAAACAACUUAAAUCCACCCUUUUCACUUUUAUUUCCUCCCUCCCUGCCCUCUUUCCUGGCCAAACAAGUUGUAUAUUGCACUAUAAUGCAUUUUCUGUGAUGCAAACGCUUGACUUUGUGUCCGGUUUUUUUCUAUUAUUAUUUGCUGUUGUAUAGGGUUUACUCUGUCAGAUCACUUGAUUUAUAUCAGAAUUAUUUAUCAGAGAAAAAAUAAUAGUGAUGCAUUAGUCUGUCCUAAAACUGUUUAACUUAUUGGGAUUGUAUGUUUGCGAGUGUUGAAGCACAAACAAUACUUCCAUGUGUACCUAAUAUGUACUAAGGCUGUCUAAUAAAUUGGCUUCCAUUACAGUAAA